AUUAUUUAUGCCUGGAUCUAGCUAGUAUCUAUACGCUCCCAAUCCAAGCAACCCAAGCAAGAGCUUCCCAAAGGUAGUAGAGACUAGAGGGAAGAAGAAGAUGUAAGCUAGCAAGAGAGGGUGAGAGUCCACCGUGCAAGCAUGGCCAUGGAGGCGGUGGUCUCAACUUCUUUGAGCGGCAUCAUGUCCUCUCUUGUGAAGUUGGUCGUCAACGAGUGGUGCGUGGAGAAGACCAUGAAGGACGAGCUGACCAACCUCUAUGACGAGCUUAUGAACAUGGACGCUUUCCUUGAGGAUGUCUCCAGCGUGCCGCCGGAUCAGCUCGAGUCGCAGGUGAAGCUCAGGGCCCGCGAGGUCAGGGAGCUGUCGCAUGCCAUCGGGACACACCUCCACUCCUUCAUGGCACGCAUCGAGUCAACCAAGGGCGCCCUCCUUCCUAGCGUGAGCAAGGUGAACAUUCAGCAAGAGAUGGACAGAUACGUCAAAGAAAUCAUGAAGAAGGUGGAGAAGGUGAGUAAACGGUAUGGCCCUUAUCCUUGUAAGAGUGCCCUGGAAAGUACUUCCUCAUUGGAAGUCAGCACACGUAUGUUUGCCACGGACACUAGGGAAUCUAACCAUGUUGGCCUAGAAGGGGCAAUUGCCGAGCUAACCAAGAAGCUGUCCAAGAGUGAUCAUGUCUCCAUUGUCGGGAUGGGGGGGAUGGGCAAGACCACCCUUGCUCGAGCAGUCUACGACAAGAUGAAAGGUGAUUUUGAUUGCGGAGCUUUUGUUCCCAUCGGUCAGAGAGCCGACAUGAAGAGGGUUCUGAUGUACAUCUUCGACGGACUUCACAUGGAGAUCUAUGGUCACGAACCAGACCAACACCAGCUAACCAACCAGCUGCAAAGUUUCCUGGUGGAUAAGAGGUGCUCAAUUGUCAUCGACGAUAUAUGGGAUAAGGAAACAUGGAACUUUGUUGAACUUGUUUUUAAGGGUUGUGCUGGAAUUAAAAUCAUCACCACCACUCGUAACCGAAAUAUUGUCAAAGGAGUUAGUGUCACAGUGUACACAAUGAAACCACUUUCCCCUGCCGACUCGAAAGAGUUGCUCCGAACCAAAGCUCAAGUUAAAAGCCAUGAUGCAGAAUUUGAUACACUGUCAGAUCAAGUUUUGUGUAAAUGUGGUGGUGUGCCAAUAGCUAUCACUAUGAUAGGUGUGUUGCUUGCAGAACAUCAAAGCAAAGAGUGGCAUGGGGUGUAUGAUUCUAUUGGUUUUGAUGAGCACAAGGAGGAUGGGGCUUUCCAGCACAUAAGGAAGGUGUUGUCCUAUAGCUAUUAUGCUUUACCCUAUAAUAUCAAGAGAUGCUUUUUGUACCUAAGCCUGUUCCCAGAAGACCACUGGAUCGAGAAGAAUAUGCUGAUAUGGAGGUGGGUUGCAGAAGGCCUUGUCCCUGAGGGGUCAUUUGAGAUUGGGGAGACCUAUUUCAAGGAGCUAAUGGAUAGGUGCAUGAUCCAGUGGGCAGUGAGCCCUCAUGACCCCAGCCAAGGUGGUUGCCGUGUCCACAUUUUGAUGCUUCGCGUCAUCCGUGACCUGUCAAGCAGCGAGAAUUUCUCCACAGUGUUAGGCCUAGGCAUGAAGCAGGAGAGCAUAUCCAGAACCAUACCCAUUCAUAGAUUAGCCAUCCACGAAGGCGAAGCAAUGGUGGGUCGAAGUCAAAACAGUAGACUGCUGGAAGUGAGGGAGGUGCUGUCAUUGUAUGCCAGCACAUGCCCCGGCAGCAGCUUGCCACCACUCCGGGAGUUUGAAAACUUGCGUGUAAUGGAUCUGGAGAGAUGUGAUUUAUCCUUGAGAGAUUCCAAUCUGGAGCAGCUCGGGAGAUUGAAAGUGCUCAAGUAUGUUGGGCUUGUCGGCAUACACAUGGCCGAGCUCCCAAGGAGAAUAGGACGCCUCAAGCUACUAGAGAUCCUCGACGUGACGGCGACUAGCAUCAGAGAGCUGCCACCGUUCGUCGAGGAGCUAAGGAAGCUUAGGUGCCUGCGUGCUGGCAAGGGCACAAGGAUGAUGGGUCGGGUAGGGAUGCUGACAUGCCUGGAAGAGUUGUGGCUGCACUCGGCGGACAAGUCCCCGGACUUUGCCGCCGAGCUCCAGAAGCUGAGCGAGAUGCGGGCGCUGGUGAUCCACUUGGACGAGGUGGACGAGGGCAUGCAGAAGAAGCUGGUGGUGUCCCUGCAUAAACUGAGGAAGCUCCAGGUCCUGCAGGUCUGGUCCGACGCAGAGGAGAAGGCACGCCUCGGCGGCCGCGAUUGGGAAGGCAGCGUGCCAUCCUCGCAGCUCCGGCAGCUGCUGCUCUUGGGGAUCAUCCUACCCAGGCCGAUGCCGUGGAUCCACCACUCGCGUGUCCCCAAACUCUCCAAGCUGGUGCUGCAGGUGGAGACCCUGGAGGUGCAACAUGUGCAGAUCCUCGGGCAGAUGCCGUCGCUCCGCUCCCUCUGCCUCCACAUCCACUGCUACGGCAACCGUUUGCUGUACACCGCAGGCAAGCACGAGUUCAUGGUGCUGGCAUACCUCUACGUCACCAACAUAGAGCUGAUAUGUGGAGAGGGAGCGCUUCCAAGGAUUCAGGAGCUGGAGGUUGGCGGAAUCAGAGUGGGGACGGACGUUGGUCUGCGGGGGAACAUGCCUCUCCUUGAGAGGGUCAGCUACCAUCUCGACUGCUGGGGUUGCAGUCCCGUGGAGGUGAUCAAUGCAGAAGAAGAGCUAAAGCAGGCGAGCCAAGCCCACCCCAACAGUCCAGUCCUCACUAUAAAGAGAUGGGACGGUGUCGACGUAUGUUCCAUUCCAUUUCAGGGAGCCGCUCAGUUGUCGGAGGAAGCCACCAAGUCAACAAUCAAUCCUCUUCUCUCCGGUGCCUAUGGCCAAAUCCCCCAAGCUGGCUACCUAGAUUGCAGCGGACACACCACCACUAGAGAAAGUCCACACCAUGAAGCCAUGGAGCCAACAAGUCUACCGAUGAUCUUAUUACAGAAAAUCUCAAAUAAUUUCUCCACGAAGAGACUACUUGGUCAAGGCCACCGCAACACUCCAACCCUCACCAUGAAGAGAUCUAACGCCGACGUAUGUUCCCCUUCAUUUCAGGGACCGAGCCGGAGUGGUUCUGAAUAUGAAGGACAAGUCUCUACCAACAGCAUUUCAGCUUGUAUCAGCAACCAGUGUACAACCAAUGUAGAGCCACAUCCACCUCGGGUCGACACGGCCGGCAGUACACUCUCACUGCUUAACAGCACAGAUGGAGCCGCUCUUCUGCUGGAGGAAGCCCCUAAGUCAACAAUCGGCCCUCUUCCCUCCAGUGGCUAUUGCGACACCCCCCAAGCUGGCAACCUAGAUUGCAGCAGGCACACCACCACCGGAGAAAGGUCACCCAGUGAAGCCAUGGAGCUAACAAGUCUAACGAUGACAUUGUUACAAAAAAUCACAAAUAAUUUCUCCAAGGAGCGACUACUUGGUGAAGGCGGAUAUGGAAAAGUUUAUCUGGGUGUGCGUGAUGACGGACAAGAGAUUGCUGUCAAGCUGCUCAAUGCUAACUUGCAAACAAUUGAUAAUGAACAAUUCACACGUGAGUUUCGUAACCUUAUGAUGCUAAAGCAUCAAAACACUGUACGGUUAGUUGGCUACUGCUAUGAAACACAACAUCAACCUAUGGACUUCGAAGGAAGAUUUGUUUUUAGUGAAAGAAUACAUAAAGCCCUUUGCUUUGAGUAUAUGCCUCAGGGGAGCCUUCACGACCGUCUUUCUGAUAAAUGUAAUGUACUUGAUUGGCAAACACGUUACAAAAUUAUCAAAGGGACGUGUGAAGGUGUAAAAUACCUUCAUGAAGGAUUGGAAAAACCAUUUUACCAUCUGGACCUAAAACUGGGCAAUAUACUUCUAGAUGAAAACAUGGCCCCAAAACUUGCCGAUUUCGGUCUGUCCAAGCUCUUCAACGAAGAACAAACCUGCAGGGUGACGCAAAAUUUACGCGCAGGAACUAUUGGAUACAUGCCACCGGAAUACAUAAAUGGAGGCACGGUCUCAAAGAAGUUUGACAUAUUCAGCUUGGGUGUUGUCAUGACCAAGAUAAUUGCAGGGCCUAGCGGCCACACCAAAUGUGCUGAAAUGCAGCAUCAAGAGUUUCUUGAUCAAGUAGAAGGAAAUUGGAGAAAAAGUUUGAAAGAAACAUGGAGUUCUCCCAAGCUACUAGACGCGCAAUGCCGGCAAGUGAAAAUAUGCACUGAGAUUGCACUCAGUUGCAUGAAGACGGAUAGGCACGAAAGGCCAAGUAUAGUGGAUAUCAUAAAUGACCUUAACGAGACUGAAACUUUUAUUGAAAAUGUUAGCAAUUGUGAACAAGAUCCAUCACUGCUUACUUCCACUUCAAAUAGUGUUCAACCUGCAGCAUCACCUCCACCUUCAACACAAUCUCCACCACCUUCUCCAACCAGUGGCGGAGGCAGGAAUAGUAAAUUUAUGAUCUCGAGGGGGGCCCAAUUAACGAAACAUAACAAAAAGUUUACUGUUCACGCCCAAAAUGCAAAGAAGUGGCUAAUGUCGGGGAGGGCCGGGGGCCCUGUUGAUCCCCCCCUGCCUCCGCCACUGUCUCCAACACCAUCUGCCAUUGCCACCCUCUCCAACGUUCUGGCGCUAGGCCAUGAUGAAAUUGAUGUAACGUGGGAUGCUAAAGAUCAAUUCCCUGAUAAUUCCAAAGCUGAGGUGGCAGGUGUAGGAGAGGAGGAGGACCUACCAGUUGAAUCGUCUGCAAGGGUUCAAGAGAUGUUUGGCAAUACAGACUAACUGUCUGGACCCAGAAGGGAAUGAUGUUCAUCGCUGACGCAGAAGAGAAUAUUUCUAGGUUAUCAGGGGCUCCAAUCAGGGACACAGUGCAACCAAGCUACUGCAAAGUGCAAACCAUGUCGAACCUCAGCAACAACGUGACUGAGAAUGAAAGGGAACAUUAGAGACAUCUAGACAUCUGUGACAGACAUCAAUACCUUGUCUUGAAGCAGAGAGUGCAGUUGGCUCAAGCUUAUAAGACCAAUCUCCUUAACAUGGUCUGACCUCAUUAAUGUGUCUUAUGGUAGCUUUCUAAUAAUAUUUUUUUGAUUGAUCAGUAACAGAUAUUAAUAGUGUACUGUUUCAUCAUCAUAAUAAAAUAUAUUGUGCCGCUAAUUCUAUAUGUGAGGCCUGAAGCAUGUGCAC